GCGCCGCCCCCGCCGCGCGCGGGCGCCGCGGCGGCGCUGGUCGCCGAGGCCUCGCCGCAGCACUCGGCGAGCGACUCGGACGUGGUGCUGCUGGAGGCGGGGGGCGCGCGCCCGGCGCGAAGGCGCUGCUGGCACAGGCUGCCCCUGGCUGCCGCCCCCCUGCUGCUGGCGGCCCCGGUGUCCCUCCGCUGGCUCGCGGCUCUCGUCGACGGAGGACCGUCCGGCCCGACGCCCGCCAGGCAGUGGGCCUCCGAGUCCUACAUUGGCCGGUCUGAGGCUGAUAGCGCCAGCGAGCAGGGCACGCCGCACGGCCACAAGGCGCCGGCGAAGCCGAGCAGCCCGCCCUUCGGCAUCCAGUUCGGGCCUCAGAAGCUGGCGGCGUCUACGUCCGACACCGCCAAGUCGAUCGACGUUGCCGACAUCGACGGCGACGGCCUGCCAGACAUUGUCUACGCGGCACAGUUCGACAACAUGGUGUACUGGUUCCGGAACGUCGGCGGCGGCGUGUUCGACGUGUCCGUCAGGAACGUGACGAGAUCCGGCGAGGUCAACGGGCCCUCCUCGGUCAAAGUCGUUGACCUUGACAAGGACUCGCUGCCGGACGUGCUGGUAGCCUCGAUGAACGAUGGCAAGGUGUCGCUGUACCCCGGCGCUGGCGGGGGGAAGUUCGACGACCGCCAGGUGAUUACAGAGGACGCCUGGGGUGCGUCCUUCGCCAACGCCGCCGACAUGAACAGCGACGGGGCCCUCGACGUGCUGUCCGCGUCGCGCUACGACAACAAGCUCGCGUGGUACGAGAACGGCGGCGGCUCCAACGACUCCAACGGCGGGUGGGGUGACCAGAUGAAGAUCACCGAGGACCAGAAGACCGCCGCGUCCGUGUACGCCGCCGACGUCGACGGCGACGGCACCCUGGACGUCAUCUCGGCCGGCCCGGCGGACAGCACGGUGGCGUGGUAUAAGUACGAGCCCAAGAGCAAGACCUGGACGAAGCACGUGGUCGGGACCGUCGAGGGCGUGUACUUCGUCACCACGGCGGACGUCGACGGCGACGGGGCGGUGGACCUCAUAGCAUGCUCUCCCAUCGAGGGCAAGGUGCUCCUGUGGAAGAACAGGGGCGAGGGCAAGGACGCCGAUCGCUUCGAUGGCCCAGAGGUCCUCACCACCGACAUGGCCGGCGCCAUCCACGCCUACGCCGACGACCUGGAUGGCGACGGAGACACGGACGUGCUCGUGGCGGCGAUGUAUUCCAACAGGGUGUCCGUCUUCGAGAACCUCGGCAACGGAGAUCCACAAGGAGCAUAUCAUCAGCUCGGAGGCCAACGGUGCAUCGUACGUUUCCGCAGCAGACAUCAACGGAGACGGCGAAUUAGACGUAGUCGUUGCAUCACUGGCUGAUGGAAGAGUAACUUGGUACGAGAACAUGGGCAGCGCAACUUGCGAUUGGGUCAGCACAGGCCCACACACUGCUUGCGGCGCGUCGGAGGAUAAGAAGACGGCACCAUUUGUGAAGAAGGCCGACUUCAACUCCUGCAAGACGAGCUGCGCAAAGAGGAAGACGUGCACGGGCUUCCAGUAUGAGUUCUCGAGGCAAGCGUGCUCGGCUUGGAACGAGCCUCUAGGUUAUUUCGACAAGGUCGAAGAGAAGGAUAACCAUCUCACUCAGUGUUACGUCUGUGCCCGUGCGGUCGAAGUUGUGUAGGUCAGCGCGCCGAGAUCUGCCUAGGGUGGGUUGCGCAAUUUAUUUUCAAGCGGCUCGCUCGCGGGACAGUGGGGGGGAGGCGGGAGCCGGGAGGAAGCGGGCGUUCUGUAUUGUAUGUAGGGGCCAGCCCGGUCUAUCGUAGGUUAUGCUUGUCAGUACUCGGCAAGGGACAAACUGUCCCUGACGGCGAGUCGCCCAGCGCGUCCACGGCUUCACGUUUGCAAGAGUAGGCAGUGGUUCGUUCUUAUCCGUGCUCCUCCUCGUCCCCCUCCUUGUCCUCGUCCUCGUCGUCCUCUUCUAUUCCUUUCGGACUCUGCCUCAUCCUCCUUGGACUUUCGCAUCUUCUUUUCACAUGUCUUCGCAUGUUUUUCUCGCUGCAUCGAGUGCAGGAGGUCCAUGCACACUGCAGCAGUGACUUCAGGAGCGCAAGAGGAGCAAACACAUGAGUUCGUGGUUGUUACGGAGGGGUGCGGACACGAGCGGAAAACAGCUCGG